AUGGCACAGAAUUACUUUGGAGAAUUAAUACCGAUCACAUUGUCCGGUACACGUAAUGGGUUUUCAGUGUCAUACAAUAUAGUUUUAAAAUUGGCGCCGAUUAACGAGGAGUAUCGAGUGAGCGGUGCCGUAACCGUGAUGUUUGCGAGGGAAACAUACGUGUAUUCUACUCUUCUCAAAGCCUACAGGGAGAUACAACAACAUUUGCCAAUCCAGUCCCAGUAUGUUAUACCUAAAUGCUACUAUGUUCACCAAGAAUACCUCAAGGAGGCUAUAGCUCUGCAGGACAUGACUGUUGAAGGAUAUAGGCCCUAUGUACAUGACAUGUUCUUGGAUCUAGAUCACACUCUGAUAUCUCUAAAGAGUCUUGCUAAACUGCAUUCUCUGUCAUUUAUUUUACAAAAUAAGAAACCUCAGCAGUUUGAGGACAUUAUGACUAUAUGUGUGCCUUUGACUGAAAAUACAAACUCAAGGUACAUGGAUAUAAUGAAAGAUAGACUAGAUAAGGCACUGAAAAAGUUUCCGGCCUCAGAGAUAACCCCAGGUAACAAGCCGGUGUCUGCAUGCAUGAUAGACUAUCAAACAACAAGAAAGUGUAGUCCAGCAUUUGAUGUGAUGUAUCUAAUAUUGAGCAGUACAAACUCGGAGCUGAGGAACAAAUACUUGCAGCAGCUGAUGGAAAUAUACUACAGGACGUUUGAAAUAGCAAUAAAAGAGGCCGGUAUCUCAUCACAGACCUUAUAUUCUAGGCAAAUGUUUGAUAGUGACAUGAAGGUGGUAGCACCUGCUUGCUUGAUAACAGCUAACACCGCACUAUGGCUGUCAAAUGGUUUGCAAGAGGAGGGACAUGUGAGGAGCAAACAUGUUUGGAGUACCAAGGAGGAGAAAGAUAAGGCUGUGGAAAAGUAUAAAACAAUUAUAACAACAAUGAUAGAUGAUCUUACUAAUUUUGGAUACAUAUCUAUUGAUGAAUUGUAA